UGAAGUGGGCGUGUCUAAUCUCUCCAGGAGCAGUACGUCUUCAUCCAUGACGCCAUCUUGGAGGCGUGUCUCUGCGGCGACACCACCAUCCCAGCCAAUCAGCUUCGUUCGGUUUACUACGAGAUGAACAGACUGGACCCCCAGACCAACUCUAGUCCAAUCAAAGAAGAGUUCAGAACGUUGAACAUGGUGACUCCGACGCUGCGUGUGGAGGACUGCAGCAUCGCUCUGUUGCCGAGGAACCAUGAGAAGAACCGCUGCAUGGACGUCCUGCCUCCGGACCGGUGCCUGCCCUUCCUCAUCACCAUCGACGGAGAGAGCUCCAACUACAUCAACGCCGCCCUUAUGGACAGCUACAAGCAGCCGUCCGCCUUCAUCGUGACCCAGCACCCCCUCCCCAACACGGUGAAGGACUUCUGGAGGCUGGUGCUGGACUACCACUGCACCGCCAUCGUGAUGCUGAACGACGUGGACCCCGCCCAGUUGUGUACUCAGUACUGGCCGGAGAUCGGGGUCCACAGCCACGGACCUCUGCAGCUGGAGUUUGUCUCCGCCGACCUCGAGGAAGACGUGAUCAGCCGGAUAUUCAGGAUAUACAACGCUGCCCGGCCCCAGGACGGGUUCCGCAUGGUGCAGCAGUUCCAGUUCCUGGGCUGGCCGAUGUACCGCGACACGGCCGUCAACAAGCGCUCCUUCCUCAAGCUCCUCCACCAGGUGGAGAAGUGGCAGGAGGAGUACGGAGGGGGGGAGGGCCGCACUGUGGUGCACUGCCUUAAUGGGGGAGGUCGCAGUGGGGCGUUCUGUGCCAUCAGUAUCGUAUGUGAGAUGUUGAGGCAGCAGCGGUCCGCGGACGUCUUCCACGCCGUCAAGACCCUACGGAACAACAAGCCCAACAUGGUGGACCUGCUGGAGCAGUACAAAUUCUGCUAUGAAGUCGCUCUGGAAUAUCUCAACUCUACUUAACCUGAACAGCCAAUCAUCUCUCCCCAACUCCUCUCCCCUCCUCUCUCCUUCUCCCCAACUCCUCUCUCCUCCUCUCCUUCUUCCCAAGUCCUCUCUCCUCCUCUCCUUCUUCCCAACUCCUCUCCCCUCCUCCUCUCCUUCUUCCCAAGUCCUUUCUCCUCCUCUCCUCCUCUCCCCUCCUCUCUCCUCUCCCCUCCUCUCUCCCCUCUGCCUCCUCCUUCCUCCUCUCUCCUCAUCUCCUCCUCCCCCCUCCUCUUCUCCCCCACCACCUCCCAAGUCCCGGAGAACUACUGAAAGAGGAGGAGGAGGAUGAGGAGGAGGAUGAGGAGGAGGAGGAGGAGGAGGAGGAGGAGGUGGUGGAGGAGGAGGAGGAGGAGGUGGUGGAGAGCCUUGCUGCACUGCCUUGUUUUAAACUCCACACCUCAUGAUGUAUAUGCUUGUAUAGAAACAUGUACAGUUCACCAAUAUGCAUGUGCAAACACUAUUGUUCUGUGUUUGUCUGUCUAUCACACACACACACACACACACACACACACACACACACACACACACAGACAGACACAUACAUACACACCACACACACACACUUACAAACACACAGGCACACGCUCAGAGACGUCACAGGUUUACAAAGGGCUGAUGGUGAUGAGAUAUGAUUAGAUGAUUUUUUUUUUAUCCGUUUGUUGUGAGUUCAUCGCUAAAAAGAUCAAAGGAGUGUGGAGAGACUUUCCCAGCAUCCCUUCGUCAUGGAGAUCAAGAUCAAGAUGGAUGCCUGAUGUUUACACAGCGUCCAAAGGAUAAAGGAGAUCGAUAGGAGACGUCCUUUCAUCCCUACACCCCUUCAUCUCCACCCCUAUGUCCGUCCGUUGCGAGUGUAUGUUGGAUGUGAGUGUGUGUAUGGUGUGUGGUGUGUGUGUUUGUGUGUUUGUGUGUGUGUGUGUGUGUGUGUGUGUGUGUUGGGAUUCUGUGUUCAUACUGUACAUAACGACACCACUAUUUAUUCCUGCACACAGUCUUGGUGUUGAUGUCAUGAAUAUUAUUAAUAUUGUUGUUAUUAUUGUUGCUGUUGUUGAUAUUGUUGAGAGAGCAGAGAGCGACAAUCAUGGUGGAUUUUACGGAACCGUUCAAACUGGAUCAAACUGGAAAGGACCGCUUCAGACUGGUGCAGACUGGUGUGUUUUGGCCUCUCCGGGCUGCCGUAGAUCUCUGACACCCUUGAGUCACCGACAAGAGACAGGAAACAGGAAACAGGUGUUGGGCCAGACACUGUGGUCUUUAACACACACACACCCACACACACUAAUAGACGCACGCACACACUCUAAUAGACGCACACACAGACACACACACGGGGUAGACAUGCCAUCAGAGGUCUGGAUCCCACAAUGACCACUGGCCUGGCCCUAUGAUCCCUGAAGGGAAGUGCUGGUCCAUUCACACAUGCGCACCUACACACACACACACACACACACACACACACACACAUACACACACCUGCAACGGUUCUGAGGUUUUGAUUGGUUUGCUCUGUCGGGUCAUGUGAUCCGAUGUAUCGUACAGAUUUUAUUUAUAUUGUAUGAUUGCAAAAAGAUGAAUACAGAUGUAUACACAAUA